AUGGAGGUGAGAGUCCUGACGCUGCGGGACCUGGCGAGCGGCCGGCCGGGGCGGCGCGGCCGCGCCGAGGCGGCACAGAAGGAAAACAUAUUUGAUCGAUCCAGGAUGGCCCCAAAGACUCCCAUUAAGAAUGAACCAGUUGAUUUAUCAAAGCAAAAAGGCUGCACCCCGGAAAGAAAUGCAAUUACACCUGUUAAGCUCGUUGACAGACCUCAGCCUGAUCCCUGGACCCCCACUGCUAACCUGAAGAUGCUUAUUAGUGCUGCUAGCCCUGACAUGAGGGACAGGGAAAAGAAGAAAGAGCUGUUCAGACCUAUAGAAAACAGUGAGCAGAGUGACACAUCUGAUUUGUCACAGUAUGAUAUGGUAGAAGACAGCACGGUUGAUGAAUUUGAAAAACAGAGGCCCAGCAGAAAACAGAAAAGCUUAGGACUCUUGUGCCAAAAGUUUCUAGCUCGCUAUCCAAGUUAUCCGUUGUCAACAGAAAAAACUACCAUUUCUCUGGAUGAAGUGGCUUCAAUUCUUGGAGUCGAGCGGAGACGGAUUUAUGAUAUAGUGAAUGUCCUGGAGUCGUUGCACUUGGUUAGCCGUGUGGCCAAGAACCAGUACUGCUGGCACGGUCGGCACAACCUCACACAGACUCUGAGAACACUCCAGGAAGCAGGAGAGCUGCAGUAUGGAGACCUAAUGCUCCUCCAGCACAAGGAGCAGGACUUGGAGUACAAAUUUGGAGAAAGGAAAAAGGACACGAUUCCAGAUUCUCAAGAUGGACCAUUACUGGACUUUUCAGAACCAGAUUGCACCUCUGCAUCUGCAAACAGCAGAAAGGACAAGUCGUUGCGGAUCAUGAGCCAAAAGUUUGUCAUGCUGUUCCUUGUCUCCAAGACCAAGAUAGUUACUCUGGACAUCGCAGCAAAGAUCCUGAUAGAAGAGACCCAGGAUACAGUGGACCACAGCAAAUUUAAAACAAAGGUACGAAGGCUCUAUGAUAUCGCCAAUGUUCUCACCAGCUUAAGCUUGAUCAAGAAAGUUCAUGUGACAGAGGAGCGAGGACGCAAACCGGCUUUCAAGUGGAUUGGGCCUGUGGAAUUCCCUGGAAAGACAGAUGAGCCGAGAGGGCACAGCCCAACAUCUGAUCCUCUGCCAGGGAUGCAGAGGGGAGCCUCUGCUACUGGAAAGCAAAGGUUUACCCGUCACGCUUCAUUUAAUGGUGCACGGCCUUGUGAAGAGGCCAAAAGGAGGAUCAGUUCAGAGCCCAACAGCCCACGUCAGGAGAGGCAAGGAUAUGUUGUGAAUUCAGAUGAAUAUUGUUCCAAAAUGAUAAAUCUAACAACUGUCUGCAGGCAGGAAAUAGAGGAAGAUACUAGGAGUACAGCUUGUGCCUCAGGAACGAUAUUAAAUUCAGCAAGGAACCCAAGCAUAAAAUCACCUCUCUCCCUUCUUCCAGUUCCCGGAGACUCUGAUUUUUGCGUUAACCCUUUGCCUCAGGCAGCUUUCCCCGUGGUUCAGGCAGAUGUGCCAAGCCUCUCGCUGCCAAAUGGGGUCAGCAGCCAAGCUGUACAUCCUUCCGUGCCGGCAGCCUCCAAAACAGAAAAUGGAAAACCUGCCUUGCUCUCCAACCAACCCUUCUUGUGCUUCCCAUCUUCAUCCCUGUUCAUGCUGUGCAGUGGUCUGCAGGAGAAUACGCCACCGGGGCCGGGAACAGCGGGCAAGGGGAGCGCCGAGACCACCAGCCCAAACUGCGGCUCCCGCAGAAGCGUGUCACCCUCCACACCUGUGGGGUACGAUGAGCCCCCUGCUAAAAAGCCCAGCGUGGAGCAGAGUGAUGUGCCCCUCUCGCUUGUGGUGCCCAAGAAGCCUUUUGAGUCACCCAAUGCAGAAUCUACCCCUGGAAGUGGCUGUACAUCUGCUGAAAAUAUAGAAGCUUUUCCUCUUGACCUUGCAAGUCCGGUUGCUGCAGAUAAGGAGUCUACUAAACCUUUAGAUUCUCAGGAGCAAGAAAAAUGGUCUCAGAAUAAAGACCCUGACGAACUCUCUCUAGGAAAAGAGCACCUCUCUAAAGAAAACGCCAAUCAACUUUUCCUACCACAGUAUCUUUAUGUACAGCCCGCUGCCGGAUUAAGCAGUUUUAACUUUCUGUUCUCUGCAAACCAAGCCUCUGGUGCUGUGAGCCUGGCUGCGAGCCAGUUGCCUUCUCUGAGCGUCCCCUGCGUCGUCGUGCCGUCAGCAGCCCUGGCUUCCUUUCCUCUCGUCUGUUCUCCCACUGCCCCCAGUCCUCAUUCACCAGCUCCCGAAGGCUCCUUCUCAGCCACCUCCUCCGUGAAUUUCAGUGUGCCCGGGCUGGCCCCCACAGCGCCCGUUCUGAUAGGCCCCACAGCAGUGGUUGCACCUGGAGUCCCUCCCGCGCAGCCAGAGCCGCAGCAGCCACCUGCCCCCGCCUUGCACCUGAGCCCCGCGCUCACUGGGCCGUGCAGUGCCCUCAAACUGGACUCCUCAGUGUGCCUGGGACAUCCCGUGGCCCUUCUGAAGCUGCAGCAGCCUUCCUCAGCUCCCCUCACUCCCAAGAGCAUUCGUCCUGCACGACACGAGGCAUUUUUCAAAACUCCUGGAAGCCUUGGAGACCCUGUCGCGUGGAAGAAAAAUGAAGGCAACCAGACCAGAAGUGCCAGCUCCGUGCAGAGGAGACUGGAAAUCUCUAGUACCAGCCCUGACUAA